UCCGGCGGGUGGGCGCGGCCACAGCACCAUCUUCCGCAGCAGGCUGGUCGUUCUUGCACCCGCCCCAGCGACGCUCCCAAACCAAAUGGCGCCGCGGCCACUGGGCCCACUGGUGCUGGCUCUGGGUGGCGCCGCGGCCGUGCUAGGCUCGGUGCUCUUUAUCCUCUGGAAAACUUACUUCGGCAGCGGCCGGGAGCGGCGGUGGGACCGGGGCGAGGCCUGGUGGGGCGCUGAAACCCCCCGCCUCCCUCAGUGGGACGAGUGGGAGCCGGGGGAUGAGGAAGAUGAGCCGGCCUUGGAGGAGCUGGAGCAACGCGAAGUGCUGGUGCUGGGGUUGGAUGGCUCUGGGAAAAGCACCUUCCUGCGCAUGCUUUCAGGGAAGCCACCGCUGGAAGGUCACGUCCCCACUUGGGGCUUCAACUCCGUGCGGCUGCCCACCAAGAAUUUCGAGGUGGACCUGUUAGAGAUUGGUGGCAGCCAGAACCUGCGCUUCUAUUGGAAGGAGUUUGUGAAUGAAGUGGAUGUGCUGGUGUUCAUGGUGGACUCGACCGAUCGGCUAAGGUUGCCCUGGGCUCGGCAGGAGCUGCAGAGACUGCUGGACAAGGACCCUGAUCUGCCUGUUGUUGUAGUGGCCAACAAGCAGGACCUGAGUGGGGCCAUGAGUAUGGUGGAGCUGCAGCAGGAGCUGGGCCUGCUUGCCAGUGACAACCAGAGGGAGGUUUUCCUCUUGGCAGCCAGCAUUGCCCCUGCAGGAUCUGGCUUCGAGGAACCUGGCACUGUGCGCAUCUGGAAACUGCUCUUGGAGCUUCUCUCCUAAACUGGAGCCACCUGCUUGCUGCCCAGCCUUGGAGACCACAGUCCCGCUGCCUCCUGCAUCUUCACUGCCAGCCUAGGCCUUGGGCAGGAGCACUGUAGCAGCACUUCCUCUCUCCCCUCAAGAGUGAGGCCAAACCGUGCAGAAGGUGAACAUGGGCCUGCCGCAGGGCGCUGACUGCAGCUCUAGCUUCCCUUGCUUUCCUGCACAGUCUGAUGCCCCGCAGGCUCACUGGUCCUUCCCUGCAGGGCCCUCCCACAGGUUGAAGAACCAGUGUGGAUAUCACAGGUACUCCUGAGCCUUUGGGUUUCCCACCUCACUGUCCACUCCUGGUGACAUCAUACACCUGCUGUGUGGGAAGGUUCUGGGUGGAGCACGUCAUGUCUUUGCUCCCAGGCCUUCAUUAUCCUCCAGCCCCUACUCUCUCUGUGGCCUUGUGUUUCUGCCCCUCUGGCCCCGGAGCCAUCAUUUCAAAGGCAGGGGA